GGGAAAUGGGGCAAAUAAGCCUUUGAAUUAACAAAAAAAAAAAAGUGCAAAUCACCCUUUAUAUAGGAGGUUCUGUCCGUCUGUCGUCAUUUGGAAUUUUUUGAUAAAUGUUUUUGAGUAUCUUCUUCAUUAAGUCUAGUUUACCCAUACCAAAUUUCAGCCAAAAAUAAAACCAGGAAGACAGUCAAAUUAUUUUCUGAAAUAUGCUGCGUUGUUUAACUACGCAUUUAUCUUCAAAAUUCAUUUGACUGCCUUCCCGAUUGAAUUUUUAUUUGAAAUUUGGUAUGGGUAAACUAGACUUAUUGAAGAAGAUGCUCAAAAAAUUGCAUCAAAAAAUUCUACCAGGAACCUCUCCAAAUGACGACAGCCAGACAGAACCUCCUAUAUAAGGAAUGAUUUGCACUUUUUUGGUUAGUUCGAGGGUUUAUUUACCCCUUUUCCCAAACAAUUUUGAUCUUUGUACACACCAAUGUACAAAUACCCCAAAAAAAAUCACCCCCUCUUUUCCCCUCACCUCACACCCGCGUAUCUCACUCGCUCCCCCUCCCCUUUCUUGAAAAUCAAAACAUCCGCCUCCUUCUCUCCCAAAUCGAAACUCAUCUCCCCCAUACUUCUCUCCCACAUCCUCACGACCACUGUGCGUUUGAGGUGUUAACCGACAUCCCCGCGACCACUCUCCUCUUCGAAGCCGUUCUCCACCUCUGCAGAUUCGAACCCCUUCUCUAAGUGUGGGCGAUUCGAGGGUUUAGAAGCGACGAAACCCCUUCUUUGCGCACAACUUUAGGACGACGAAACACCACUGGAGAUGGCGGACGGGGCCCUGAAGUAAUGCAUUCCAAGUCAUGAAUAUUUCCCUGCGCAGUAUUCCGUAUGUUCAGACUUCAGAAAUGCAGCAAAGUGGGUACUAAACAAAUUAUCUCCAACACAAAUGGAAAGGUUUCGCGAUUUACCAUGGGGGCAUCUGAUUGACAUCCCAAACACUGGCAACUCUGGCCAAAUCUUGCACAUGCUGGCCUUACACCUUGUGCAGGACCAACCAGAUGAUGAGUUGUGGUUUGCUAUUGGGGGGAAACUGUAUAAGUUCACCUAUGUGGAUUUUUGCCACAUAAGUGGAUUACCACUAGGUGCCGAACCAGAACCUGCCACGCCCGAGGAUGAAGAUUCUGGAGAUGAUUCAGGACACCAAUCUGGCCAAGAAGAUGAACCAGUAGGGGCCCUUGCUGAGAAGUACUUAGGUGGCAAAGUUAACAUUACCCACGCAAAUAUGAAGAACAUCUUUAAAAAGCUGAACCCAUCCAAACGUGGUGAUGAUGCUGUGAAGUUGGCCUCCUUGUUCUAUAUUGAGUGUGUUCUACUUGCAAAGGACAAUAGUACGAGGAUAAAUGAAUCAUUAGUCAGAUUAAUCAUCAGUCAGAUUGGUCAAUGAUUUAGAGGCAUUCAGGCAGUGUCAGUGGUCACUUCGUUCUUACAAGAUAUUGGUGAAACAUAUGAAGGACCUGAUGCAUGACCAAACUCAGAAGUUCAAGGAGCGGAAGCAGAACAAUCCUAAGUAUAAGAAUGCAAAGUUAUCUGUUUACGGUUUUCCACUAGUGUUGCAAGUAUAUAUGACAACUUCCCUAUUCUACUUAUUUUUUGUUUAUAUAUAGGUGGAUCUUUUAUUAAAUAACUCA